GCCCACGGUUUCAUAUCCAACAACACCGACAAUGACGCGUGUGGGAGACGGUCGAAAAAUGAACCCAGCUGCAUAAAACAGACGGUAUGAGAGGCGACCAGUGAGCCCAGUGGACUCACGGGAAAUCGCUGGCUUGCGUUAUAAUUUUUUUGGUUUUUAUUUUUACGCACGCGUCGCUUCAGUGUGUGAAUGGACAGAAAAGCAUUUCGCAACCAAUUUGCAUGCAGCCUACAGGGCGCUUGAAGUCUGGAAUAUAUUUUUCCAUCCUGAUCAGUUCUGUUAGCGACCUUGUAAUGUGUGCGUCUUCUACUUUUUACGCAGAGAAGCUGCAGAAGCCGCUCAGUGACUGAUCCAGGCAAUAUAUACAGUGUUGGAGCAAGAUGUUUUGAGCGCCAAGGGGUGGGGGGGUCUGUGUGACUGACUGACUGAGUGAGUGAGUGAGCGACUGGUGUCGUCUGGAGGGGGUGUGUGUGUGUGUGUGUGUUGGUGGUGGAGGAGGACGAGGAGGAGGAGGGGGGGUUCUUCACUGCGCAGACAAGCGGCGGAGCGUCUCUGCGCUACGUCUCGCCUCCUCCAUAACAACAAAACAGAAGGACAUAAGAGGAGGAAGGAAGGAAGGAAAGAAGGAGUCUGAGAUCUGGAAAUAUACGGCGCUAAAAUGACGAUGUCCGUCCCAGAGAGGAAAUCAGGAUCAGAGGGGAAGGAGGAGGAGAGCGAGGAUGAGAGUGAGAUCCUGGAGGAGAGUCCGUGCGGCCGCUGGCAGAAGCGCAAAGAGCAGGUCAGCCAAGGUAAUGUCCCAGGUGUGGAAAGUGCAUCACUGGCUAUGGACACAGAAGAAGGCGUGGAAGUGGUGUGGAACGAGGUGCUCUUCUCGGACAAGAAAGUCUUCAAAGCACAGGAGGAGAAGAUCAAAGAGAUGUUUGAGAACCUGAUGCAGGUUGAACAUCCCAACAUUGUGAAGUUCCACAAGUACUGGCUGGAUAUGAAGGAAAGCCAGGCUCGGGUUAUAUUCAUCACUGAAUACAUGUCGUCGGGUAGCCUCAAGCAGUUUUUAAAGAAAACCAAGAAGAACCACAAGACAAUGAAUGUGAAGGCUUGGAAAAGGUGGUGCACCCAGAUUCUGUCUGCCCUCAGUUACCUACACUCAUGUGACCCACCGAUAAUCCACGGCAACCUGACUUGUGACACUAUCUUCAUCCAGCACAACGGCCUCAUUAAGAUCGGCUCAGUGUGGCACAGGCUAUUCGUUAAUGUGUUUCCAGGUGCCAGCGUCCAUGGGAAAAGCAGACAACAUCGCGAUGAGCAGAGGACUCUCCACUUUUUUGCUCCAGAAUAUGGCACUGGUGCGGACGAUUAUGCCAUAGACAUUUUCUCCUUUGGCAUCUGUGCCCUCGAGAUGGCGGUGCUGGAGAUCCAGGCCAACGGAGACACUGCUGUGUCCAAGGAGGCCAUCGCCAAUGCAGGUCAAUCUCUGGAAGACCCUCUCAUGAGAGAGUUCACUCAGUCUUGUUUGCGGCAUGAAGCCAAGCUCCGUCCUACUGCUCAUGACCUGCUGUUCCACCGGGUCUUGUUCGAGGUCCACUCCCUCAAACUGCUGGCCGCCCACUGCCUCAUCAACAACCAGUACUUGCUUCCAGAGAACUGUGUCGAAGAAAAAACCAAGUCCUUCGACCCUAACGCUAUAAUGGCUGAGAUUAAGCAUGAAGACAGACAAGGAGUUCAGCUCAAAUAUUCGCAUGUAUCCCCUCUGGAACUCGACAAGUUUCUGGAAGACGUAAAGAAUGGGAUCUACCCUUUAAUGAACUUUGCCUCGUCUCGGCCUCAUCCCGUCCCCCGAGCCCUGUCCUUGUCUCAGGAGCAGGUGGAGACGGUCAAGACGCCGACUCCCGAACCCCAGGAAACAGAAACACGGAAGGUUGUUCAGAUGCACUGUAAUUUGGAGUCAAAUGAAGAAGGGACCAAAACUCAUCUUUCUUUGUUUCUGAAGAUGGAUGACAAACUUCAUCGGCAGCUUAGCUGUGACAUUCUUCCAACGGACACCUCCAAAGACCUUGCCAGUGAGCUUGUUCACUAUGCCUUCAUUAAUGAGGAGGACAGUGAGAAAGUCGCUGGGUUCCUGGAGGAUGCCAUCAGUCGACACCGGGUCCGAGCGCUCGUGUCCGGGGCCACACAGUGAGGACGGGUCACGACUGGCCCAGACAGAGGGGCCUGGGGCCUGGACCACACGGAUUGAGAACGGGAUAGGGCAGCGGGCAGGGUCACACAGCCGGGAGCAGAGGGACAGAUGAGGGAGUCGACCCAGCUGGGGAUAUAAGGAGACAUCUACAGAAGGAUGCUGGGCCUUGACAGUCAGUAAAUCAUCCCACGGAAGAAGCAGGAGGAUACGCCAGCAGUCAGAAAGAAACCGAAGGCAACUCUGGGUGGACAACCAGAGGCACCGUGGCUGUGUUUAACAAUCCCACAAAGCAGUGGAAGAUUGACAAACUCCCUGCCUAAAAGGGCUACCAUGCCUUAAGAUAUUUUGACAGCUUAUGUUUUCCAUAAUGCCACUACUCAGAAUGGGUUUGUUUUACUUACAAAUGCAGCAACUAUGGCUCCAGAAGGACAUUUUACUGCUUACGCGCCUCAUUUGCACUCCAUUGUCUCCUCAGAUUUUUUUUUUUUUUCAACUUUAAAUGUAAACAAAGUUAUAAUAAUUUACUAAGACCUCUUUCUUCAACAAGCCAGAACUUUCAGUUUAAUUAUAGUUUUAGGAAUUUAAGAUUCCGUCCUACAUGCACUGUUAAUACUCAGUCAGUUAACGUAUUUAUUUCUAUUUAACUGUGAACCACAGAAGCAUCACACAAGUCCGCUUUUUACUUAAUGACCUGAGAAGUUAACCCCCCACUCUGCAGUACUGGGUCAGAUGUUAUGUCUCCCAGACCUAAACAUGCCACGCCUAAUUGUAAUAACGAGCAAUGAGAUGAUGCCUCUCUUUUAGCCUGUAGUGCUCUUAAGGGGUUUUCCCCUGUGAAAGUGUAAUGAACGCCAAAGACUUGCAAAGUGCCUGAUAUGGCAGUGUACUUUGGACAAACGGCAUCUAUCCAACAAAGCAAUUUGAAAUAAAUCUUCCUCAGGCUGACCUUUACGAUAGUCAGUCCAGAUGAAGUGAUAUGGGUUAUGAUUUUCACUGUUCCCGUCUUUUAUUACGUGUCGAUAAAGCAAGCCUCAGCGAAUACGAAGAUGCACUUAAGCCUGCAACACCCGGAAAUGGCAGCUCCAUUAAGAGCUACAGCCAUCAUGUAUUGAACUAAUGGAUCAAGUGGUAAUGUUUUGUCCUGCAGUCAAUAUCAGUUUGAGAACAGUUGUAGCUCAUGUACAAAACUAUUAUAAUGCAUCAAUACAAGCUGCAACGUAAUAGCUAAGUCCUAUAAAAAUUGGGUGAAGGGUGUUGGUGACGUGAUCUCAAUACUUAAUAGUCAAAUUUGUCAUAUGAUUAUUACAUAUUUCUGCUGUAGUUCUUUUCUUCUCCAUUUUCCUGAAUCAACUAAAAUAUUUCCUUCUCUUUCACUGAAUUUGUUUUGUAAAGGUUCAAGUUUUUAAAGGUAAAACCCACCCAAAUCUUUCAAAUUCCUUACUUUUUGUAUAUCUUGUUAUGUCUGUAAUAAAUAAUGCUACUAUUGUUAAACAUCCAACAUUUGCAUGAUGGCUGCAGAAACCCACCUCUAAAAAAGAUUUGAAUAUUUUUGCCCUGACCAUUGUACUACACUUUUCUUCUACACAAUAUUACAGUAAACUUUGGAAUUGAUUGUAUUGCAGCCCACGCAAAUAUAAAAAUAGAAUACUUCCCCUUGGCUCUGGCAGAUUUUCAUGUCAAGAAACUAAUCUCAGCAAUAGGAUAGACUACCAUUUGAAUGGGUUUUUCCUCAACAAAACUGGACAAUAAAAAAAAAUUGUGAAUUGUCUGAGUAAUCUUCAGCAGUAUAUUCUUGUUUGUCAGUAUCACUUCACUCUGCUUCAUUUGUUUUUAGCUCUGUAGGGUCACAGUUUCAUAACAGUUACACUGCUGUACAGUCAUUGCUUACAGUAAAUACUUACUAUACUCUGUGUCAAGCCUUCUUAUCAGUGUGUCUCUGAAGACAGGAGCCCUGAGUUCUCCCAGACAUACGCCUAUGCUAGGCUGUGAUGUACAUAUUUGUUUGUGGCUAUUAAGGGAUUUACUUUAAGCAAAAAUGAAUACAAAGCGGUGCCACUAUUGCUCUCAUUUGAUCUAGCAAGCUGCAUGUGUUAAUAGCCUGCAACCAUUCAGAUAUUUGCAUUUUGCCUUCGUCACAGUUCAGUUCCAAGGAGACCUGACCAAGAAAAUGAAUGUUUAGACUGUGCAAACAUGAAUAAAAUGUCCAUAUCAGUCUUAUUUUAUGUCAGAUGACUUUUUCUGUGAAUUUGUUGAACGAAUCUUGCCUUUGGGUGUGUUCUACUUAAACCUUUGUUAAAUAUUGUAGCUACUGCAAUUAAUUACAUGACAAUAAACAGUAUGUGACAUGA